UGAGAUGAAGGACAUGAUCAAAUUGUGCAUGUUGUUUUUCCAAUAAUUUCUCUGUUAACAACCUUUAAAAAUGCCUUUCCUUAGAGGCAUUGCACCUGUGCGAUAUACUCAAAAGUAUCUCGAGGCAGGAAAAAUUAUUUUACAGCCUGAAAUUAAGGUGAUGACCGUAAAUUACAACGUGAAUCAAAAAGCAAGUUCUGGACUGUAUCAGUUCCAGUUUUGGCACCUUCCACAGAUCAAGUACAAAAAUGCUGAUUUGCAGAUUGUGAGAUUCAAGAACAUGACUCCAACACCUUUCAUACAGUUUUUCUUUUUAAAUGGGGAGAAGCAGAUAGUGGACGCGUAUGACCGUAGUCGGGAGGAAAUACAUGAGCACGUUCUGCACGCCUUCUGUGAACAGCCUCCUGAAAAGCAAGCGUACUACUACACCCAGAAGACCAAGUUUAACCCUGCCAACUUUGGUUUCCACUGUGAUCAUUGGUGUAUAUGUGAGAUCCCGGGACAGAGGCCAUGCCCGGGCUACACUCCCAUGCCACGAACAAUGAAGGGAAAGUACCAACAGAGUGAAGAGUCCUGAUGAAUGUAACUUGUGCGCUGAAACUAUGUGUCUUGAAGUACUUUUUUCCUCGUUUUCUCUUUUCCUGAGAAAAUCUUGAGGGAAGGACACUUGUUUGGCAGUGAAAAUAUUCACAGAUAGCAUAUCUGAAAGGAACAUCGGAAAAUGAUUCUCCUGUUUGUGAUUUUAGAUGUUUAAAAGAAAAAGCUAUGGUUGCAGCAUUGCAAGACAGAUCACCUGUAUACUGUUAAUGGUCGCUGCAUAGCAAGAUAGGUUUCCUGAUAUUGGUAAUCAGGAAUAUGGUAGAAAACAAGACUAGUUAUUUGUUCAAUGGAUAAAUUUAUGUGGUUAUUUUGUGAAUGUUUAAUCUUUAACAUGUGAUUUGAAAAAAUAAAAAAAUGUAUAAUAACUUUUUAAUCUAAUUUAUAUGUCUAUGGUGAGGUAUGGGAAGUUUUAGAUGUCUAUGAUGAGGUAUGAGGAGUUUUGUAAUCAUUCUAUUAUAUAGGUUUUUAGCCAGAGUUUAUAAUUGACAGUAUGCUGCAGAAAGUGGACAGGAUGCUAAGAGUAAAAAGGUUAUAUUGUGAUGGGCAGUGAAGAACUAAGAUAUUAUAAAUUUGACUUAAAAAUGUAAGGAAUGUGUUAAAUUAAAGUAAUUUUUGCUUCCAACUGCCAGGUAUAUUGAGUUUGUAAGUGUUUUUAAUGAGCAUUUAAGAAAAUCAUAGAAACCAAUUGACUAUACGUACAGCAUUCAAUUCUUAGAAGGUGGAAGGGUGCACAAGCUGGUCUCAAAAAGGGCACAGUGGGGUACUACUGAAAAAGGUUAGGGUGCAGUACUCUCAUACAGAUCUUGAUCUAAAACUUUAUAUACGUGCCUUAUGACUUGGAAUGGUAGGGUUUUGCAUCUAUAUACAAUAACCUUAACCCUGUUUAAAGAAGAGGUUGUAGAACAGUUAUUGAUAGAAAUGGUUUACUGGUUUACAAAUUAUAUGUUAGAUAUAAGUCAACAUGACCCUUGAUCAAACAUUUCAAUAAAAUACGAUGCAUAUAA